AUGAAAAAUAAAUUCGGCAACAACAUUAAACUAGUUAAAAUCGAAUUAACUUCUUACGAAAUUCGACGACAACUGUUAGCUGACAAAAAGUUAAUCAUUAAUUAUAUCAGCUACGAUAUUGAUCAAUAUCUAGCACCAAUUAAUGUUCUGAUAUGUUCCAAAUGCUGUGGCCUCGGUCACUUCCGAAAACAAUGCGUAGAAUUAACAGAAACUUGUAGAACAUGUAGUGGAAAAUUUACUGACUUAAAAGAUCAUCGCUGCACUGCAUCACCCAAGUGCAAACACUGCAAUGGAGACUACACGUCUAACUCCAUGAAAUGCCCUGUUGUUAAAUCUUUUCGUGCUGAUCUCACUCGGAAAAUCCUGUCGAACAGCAACAGCAUUAAUCGACCACUACUGCCAACAGUUUCUACCAAAUCCAACAACGGUUUUCAUUUCAACCCGCCGAACUUUCCAGCACUAAACAAGGGGUGGUCUCAGUCAGAUAGUCCAAUGAUGUCAAAAUUAAAUGAUCUCCUAACAGGUCUAGCCAAUGUUAACACGACACUCUCAAAAUUGUAUGAAACGAAUACAAAAUUUGAAAAAUUUAUGGCAGAUAAAAAUAUUCAUGAUAUCGAAUUAUCAAAAGAAGUUGAAUCGCUUAAAUUGCAUAACACAAAAUUAGAAGAGGAUAUGAGAGAAUUAAACUCCAAAACGGAUCAGCAUGCCGAUCUGCUCAAGCAAGUUAACCAGUUCUUCAAACGAUUAUUACUACCAGCUAUGGACGGCAUUCUGAAAGUUUGUGGCGAUUCGAGCAAGGACAAUAACGGAAGAAAAUUAAGACGCUGA